GCGUUGAAGCAGCUGUCGGUUGUGGACUCUCUCAGCAAGAACGUCGCUUUGCUCAAAUGCUCCCUUGAACGCAUCAUCAACAACAGGUCGAGGGAGGACGGGUGUUGUCCUCUGGACUGGAAACUGUUUGGCUCCAGUUGUUAUUUCUUCAGUGCUUCCACUCUGUCCUGGAACAAGUCCAGAGACUGGUGUGAGAGUCACCAGUCUCACCUGAUCAUUCUCACCAAUGACAAGGAGUGGGACUUUGUGACCCAUCAGACGAUUCCUGAAUUAUUCUGGGUCGGUCUCAGUGAUGGAAGGACUGGGAGAUGGGAGUGGGUGAACCAGAAUCCGUACACCAUCGACCGCAGGCGCUGGGUUCCCGGUCAGCCCAACAGCUGGACCGGCCACGGCCUCGGCCCCGGAGACGAGGACUGCGCUCACCUGCACAGGAGCGGACGCCUCAACGACGCACACUGCUCCAAACCGAUGCGCUACAUCUGCCAGAAACACAGCCUGCGCCCCUGAACGCACCUGCAGCCCCGCCAUGGCUCCGCCCACACACGCUCACCUCAUAUCACUGCAUCAGGUGACAACCAGGAAGUGACGUGAUGUUGAACUCACCUCAGAUUCAGCAGAAGAAAACAUGGCCGCCUGAUUGUAAACUCAAUCUUAUUUCAAAAUAAAUGUCUUUUUCAGAUAUGAACAAAAAA